AUGGGCAGAAGUUGUGAUUUUCUCUUUGCUCUUGCAAUUCUCAUGUUGCUUCAUCACCAUACUUCACUUGCUACGGUUCCCACUAUUAGCACUGAUGAAGCUGCUCUUCUUGUACUGAAAUCUCACAUUUCUUCUGAUCCUAACAACAUCUUAGCAAGAAAUUGGUCUUCUUCGGCCCAAUGCAGCUGGAUUGGAAUCACUUGCAACUCUCGCCGCAAUCGAGUCACUGCUUUAGACAUUUCUAGCAUGCAACUUCAUGGUACCAUUCCUCCACACCUUGGAAACCUCUCAUUUCUUGUUUCCCUCAACAUCAACAACAACACUUUUCGUGGAGAUUUGCUAGAAGAGUUGGCUCAUUUACAAAGGUUGAAGUCGAUUGAUGUCACAGGAAAUAACUUCACCGGAGCCAUUCUAUUAUCUUUAAGUUUGUUACCCAACUUUCGAUGA